AUGCACGAGUACGUACCUCCCAGUCAGCGGCUAUUCCAUACUAGGCAUAGGAUAACUAGAGACGAUUUGAAAGAAGAGGCCCUACAUUCCGGGACCACGGAUUGGACAACAAUUCUGGACACGACAAUAGAUAAGGAUACUAAUCUGAUUAGUUACGCUGUCCCCAUAAUAGAUAACUUUGCCAUUCCUCGAGCAAACUCUCAGGGGAGUCCAGCAGCCCCCUUACCGAAUAACAGAUCGACGAUAUACUCGUCUUCAUCUUCAUCUGCGUCUUCUGUGUUUUCUGAUGGUUUGUUUACACCAAAUAACAACAGGAACUCAUCGGGAUCAUCAUCAUUAGUGAUUAGGCCACAAAAAAAUUUGAGUGUAGAUUCUCUGAUUCAGGAAAACAAAAGGAAAAUCAACAGUGAAAAAGAGUCGUUAUCAUUGAUUACCAAUAAUAAUAGUGAAACCUUGUGCACUCAUACCGAUCCAUCCAUACAAAAUUUGAUCAAAUCAGAAACAAAGAGGAAUAUUUUAAAUUUAAAGUUUCAGAAUAGGAAUUUAUUUAGAAGAGAACUAAAAUUGGAAAAAUUUUGGAGCAAUUUGAGAAGUUGUCAUACAUCAGAUGAUGAGAGCGAUCUGCUAUUGGUGAUAAGGAAGCAUAACCUAUUUUGGUUUGGAAUACCGAAUGAUUUUCGUCUUCCAAUAUACAAGAGAUGUUUAUAUCACUAUAGCGAGCUAGACGAAACCGCAUCUUUCAAUCAGUAUGCCAACAACCCGUUGUAUCUAGCUAUAAGAAAAUGCUGCAAUAACGAAGAGCAGGAAACCUUAUCUCGGUCCAUCUUCAUCAAUUUGACGAAAAACGUCACUUGGUUAAACAGUCGUUUCAAUGAUAAUAAGGACUAUAGAGAUGGUUACACCGUUACUGAAGGGAAAUUUUACCAGGACUUUCCUAACUUAUAUUACCAUUUGAAGGACAAAUUAAAAUUGAACGUUAUAAAGGAUUUCAUCAAGCCUGUAAUAAGAAAUUUUAUGAUCAACGCACUAAAUAAGCACAAAUUAGAUGGUAUUGGUCUAGAGCUUCUAGAUAUUCUAAUAGUGACUGCCUAUUAUGGUCCGAAUAAAAUCAAUGUUUUCUUAAUGGAUACAUUUAUCUUAAACUUGUUAAAACAGUGUCAUUACAAGUUUUUUGUCAGUAGUAUAUCUGAGCUGGUUAUUCAAAUCUCAAAAAUCGAUUGCGACUUGGUAAUUCUGCUGGAAGACCUAAGGUCACGGGUUAAUUUAGAUUGA